AUGAGUGAAUAUUUAUGUGCCAAAACUGAGAGCAACGAAACCAUUGCCGGCUCUUCUCGAGAACAAAAACAAACAAAAGUUUCAAACAUUAAAUAUAUUCGUCAAUCAAUUACUAAAGAAGACAAUGAAGAAGAAGAGGACGAAGAGAGCGAACCUAUUGCUGAAGAGGAGACCAAACUGAACGUUAAUACAAUCACAUGUCGGCCCAUAUCUGAGUCCUCGUUUGUCAGUGAAAUGAGUGUUUCCAGCGGUUCCUUAAGUGACCCAAACUCUCCGAUGUGUAAAAUAUGUCACAUGAAUGCUAAAGACAACGAUCCCCUCAUCUCUCCCUGUCGUUGCUCCGGAACCAUGCAAUUCAUGCAUUGCGGGUGUCUUAUGAGAUGGCUUGAGAUCACGUCAAAGAAGUCACGUAAACCUUUAAGCUGUGAAUUAUGUCAAUAUCAAUAUCAGUGGCACAAAAAAUUUAAGGUGAAUCACUGGCAACUGCCUCACUGUUCCCGAAACGACAAGAUAUUGCACUCACUAUUUGUGGUGUCGUUGAGUGUAAUGGCCUGUUGUGCUGUUAUAACCGUCAUGUGCUUCAAGCAGGACAGGGGUCAGCGCAUAGACCCGAACCGGACUGAGUUGUCUCAAUCAGAGAUAGUGACACUCAUUUGUGGUGUUCUCUUCUUUUUGGCAUUUUUUAUGGCAAUGUAUGUGGAGGUGAAGGCCAGGAAUACCAUAUACAAGCUGUUCGUCAAAUUCAUUUACCUCAACCAACAGUGGUAUAUCGACGAGUACCACAACAAGGACUGCGCCCCCGUCCACUACUAUUAA